GGAUAUCCCGAAUACUACGAGAAGCGACCGCGCCUUCAGACAAUCUAGCUUGCGGAUGUUUAGCUAUCUAUCUUGACUCUAUGUUUUGUCUCUUUGGCGGAACUCUUGAAACACACUUCCGACAUUUCCCAACUUCACGUUUUCGUCAGUUUUCGAUUUCUGUGCAUUUCCCGUGGGAUUCACGAUGUCGGGAAGUCCUGCUCUGCUCAUGCGGCUGGUGGCGUCUGCCUACUGUGUGGCUGAGAAGGCUGGGUCCAUAGUGAGGAAGGUCCUUCAUAGUGGAGAACUUGGCAUUGUGGAAAAGACUGGAGCUAAUGAUCUACAGACACUGGCAGACAGACUUGCACAGCAGAGCAUCUGUGCCUCCCUGUCCAGACGCUUCCCAAAGAUCACCAUCAUUGGAGAAGAGGACCUUCCAUGUGAGGAGAUAAAGGAGGACCUCAUUGAGACUGGCCAGGCAGAGGAAAUCCUCCAGAAGAGCUGUCCACCUGAGUACAGUCAGCUGAAAGAGGAGGAGCUCGUUGUGUGGGUCGAUCCUCUCGAUGGCACAAAGGAAUAUACUGAAGGGCUCCUGGAUAACGUGACGGUGCUUAUUGGAAUUGCAUAUGAAGGCAAAGCAAUCGCAGGCAUCAUCAACCAGCCUUUCUACAACUACCAGCUUGGUGCAGGAGCAACUUUAGGAAGAACCAUGUGGGGGAUCCCGGGACUGGGCGCCUUUGGGUUUCAGCUGCAGGAAGUUCCAGGUGAUAGACGAAUCGUCACCACCACCCGUUCCCAUAGCAACAAGCUGGUAACAGACUGUGUGGACGCCAUGGAGCCGCAUGAAGUUAUAAGAGUGGGAGGUGCUGGAAAUAAGAUUAUUCAGCUUGUUGAGGGAAAAGCAUCUGCUUACGUCUUCGCGAGUCCCGGCUGCAAGAAGUGGGACACCUGUGCUCCUGAAGCUCUCCUGCACGCAGUCGGAGGUGAACUGACCGACAUGCAUGGCAACGCGUACCGCUACAACGCAGACAUAAAGCACAUGAAUUCCGCCGGUGUUCUCGCGACGCUGCGCAACCACGAGUACUACGUCAGCAGAGUACCACAGUCAGUGCUGCAGGCGCUGAAGUCAGACUGAGGGUCAUCAUGUGAAACAAUGGCACUGGAAUAUACCACAUUAAUCUGUCUCAGAGUUUUGAAUUUUGGGUGUAGCAACACCUGAAGAUUGUAUUUUGUCAGGUUGUUUGCAUUUAAGUCAAUCAUAAUAAAAAGUCUUCUGAAACUUG